AUGGCGCAUCCAUAUCCUGUUGAUGCAGUUAAGGUUGGUUCAUACUUUGUAGGACAGUACUAUCAAGUACUUCAACAACAUCCAGAUCUCGUACAUCAAUUUUAUGUGGAUACAAGUAAUAUGAUUCGUAUUGAUGCUGAUUCUACCGAAUCUGCUAAUUCAAUGCUGCAAAUUCAUGCACUUGUCAUGUCACUAAACUUUACUGCAAUCGAAAUCAAGACCAUUAAUUCUCUCGAGUCUUUGAAUGGAGGUGUUCUGGUGAUGGUGUCAGGUUCUGUUAAGACGAACAAGGAUUAUGUUAACAGAAGAAAAUUUGUGCAGACCUUUUUCCUGGCUCCGCAGGAGAAGGGUUACUAUGUUCUCAAUGAUAUCUUUCAGUUUGUUGAUGAUGGAGUUGUUUACCAACAAAAUAUGGGGCACAUGCCAUCUGAAAACAUCUACCUGCAACAUCCAGUGCCACCUUUAUCGUCUGAUGAGACUUUUGAUGCACAAUUAGAUUCUUCUAACCCUCUUCCAGAGCCUCCAGUUUCUGACUAUGUUUUGGAGGAAGAAGCUAGAGAAUAUGUGAACUCGGUUCACAUAGAUGAUGAUCCAGUUGACAAGUACAGUCUCCCUGAGCAACAGCAGCAACAAGACUUCGAAACUGAAAUUGUUGUAGAAGAAACUCCUGUAGAGGAAACAACUGCUUCAUUUCAAGGGGCCGUAAAUGUUGUGCAUGAUUUCCCAACUGCUGCUCCAGAGGAACCCAUGGAAGAGCCUCCGAAGAAAACUUAUGCUUCAAUUUUACGAGUCUCCAAGGGGCAGUUUUCAUCAUCGGUUGCCACUCAGCCACCUGCUAACAAGAGUGUCCCUUCUACUUCUGAUUGGAAUCACAUGUCAACACCUAUUGCUCAGCAGCCAGAAUCUUUAUUGCCAUUUGCUCCAGAUUCUACAAUUGAGUCUACAGAGGAAGGCAUGGGACUAGAUGAAGGAGAACCAAAAUCCGUCUAUGUGAGAAACUUGCCCUCUGAUAUUACUGCUGCAGAAAUUGAGGAGGAGUUUAAUCACUUUGGGAGAAUCAAACCUGAUGGUGUAUUUGUUAGGAACCGCAAGGACGUUGUUGGCGUUUGCUAUGCUUUUGUUGAGUUUGAAGAUCUCUUGAGUGUUCAAAAUGCAAUCCAGGCAUCUCCAAUACAGCUGGCUGGAAGGUCAAUCUACAUUGAGGAGCGAAGACCAAGCAGCAGCAUUGCUUCUCGAGGUGGAAGACUUAGAUUUUCCAUGUUGCUUUUGGAAAGUAAUGUUGCUGUCAUCAUAUGCCAUAUCCUUGCGUUUUGUGAGGAAGGGGAAGAGGGAGAGGUUACCAAACAGAUGCCCCAAGGGGGCGUUUUGGUGCCCGCAGUAUGGGCAGGGGAGGCAAUCAAGAUGGUGGUGACUACAGUAGAGCAAGAGGCAAUGGUUUCUAUCAGCGUGCUGUUUUUUGAGUUGUUGAUUCCUUAA